AUGAUGACCGUACUGAGCUUUCUCCAUCGCCUCAGUCGACGAAGUCCCACCUCCGUGAGGGUUGCUGUUCCUGGAUUCCGUGCUCGAAGCAAUUCUGAAGCAGGCUACGAACAUGAAGGUGAUGAAUCAGGAGACGACACCUGGGUAUCGCUCCAUCAUAGUGUCGCAUCGCUGUCGUUGGUGGCAGAGGAAGACCCAGAUAGGACAGUUCGGACAGGGAGACCGACGAUCGUUCGAGAAUUGUCUCGGGAAUCAUCUCGAUCGCCUUCACGUCGCCCUCAUGCAAGACCCAAGCGAAGGGCAGUCCGACCGAUUCAACGAGCACAUACUGUCCUAUUACUACUCAGAAGGAUACGAACCGGGGUCACUAUGGGAAUAUCUUUUGCCUGA